GCCAAAUCGAAGCAGUAGCUGUUUCCUGUCAUGGGGUCUUUUGGAAAGGAAUUGCCAGAUCAAGUGGAGCUUAUCGAUCGGCGAACUGAGGCACAGAUUCAGCUGCUUCAAGAUGUACAAACAAUAUUGCGUGAGCGUGCAGCCUUGGAGGCCCAGUACGCAAAGUCAUUGCAAGCUAUCGCCAAGAAGUCUGAGAAACUCAAUGGCCAGCAUGCUGCUGCUAGCAUCGUCGGCGACAACCCUUCAAAACCGCCUUCUGACAGUAGCCUCGAGUCCAGCACACUAUACUUAGCAUUGGCCUUCCUCACUGAAACGCUGGAUCGCGCCGCACAGGAACACGCGUCCUUUUCGGAAGUCCUGAAUAUUCAAGUGGCAGAUGAGCUUAAGGCCUUGGAGAAAAGGAAGGAGGAGACACGGAAGAAGCAUUCUGCAAGUUACCAGAAACUCAUUACCGACAGAGAUCAGAUAUAUUCCGAUCGCUUAAAGUACUACUCUGACUGUACGGAGCUGGAGCAGUACCGGCAGAAGCACGACAGAGCCAGCGACGACAAGCAUGCCGAGCGAGUCGCUAAGCAACAUGAACAAAUGCAAAUAUCCAUGCUGAACAGGAAGAACACAUACUUGGUAUCGAUAUCAGUAUCGAACGGAGUCAAGGAACUUUUCUACGACGAAAGUGUUCCUGAGGUAGAAAACCAAUACCAAACAUUGCAGACAUCGAUCACCUCGCGCCUUGUUGGCAUACUGCAGCACUACUUUCGCAUUUUUUCAACUCUCACGGAUACCAUCACGUCACUCCAGAAGACUCUCGAAUCAGUUAGUCACCAGAAGGACCACGACUUAUUUAUAGAACACAACCGCAGACCAUUCAGUCUACCCAGUGAUUGGUCAUUUGAACCAUGCCCCAAUUUUUACGAUACGGCAAAUAUAAGCAUUGAGCCCGAACCCAAAGUGUUCCUCCAGAAUAAGCUUGCCCGAUCACAAGAGAAGCUGGAAGAACUGCAGACCAUCAUUGACACCAAAGCACGAGAGGCCCAAAAGUUGAACGAUUUGGCUGAGUCUUAUUCCAAAAACCCGAAGCUGGGGCCUGUGGACAGUGCAAUGGACGACGCAUUUGACUCUUCACACAUCGUAGCUGGGCUCAAGCUCCAACAGGCUUCCCAUGAGGAGGAAAUCCGUGCGAUCUUGGGGGCCAUAGGCGAUGAUCACGGCGCGCAAGCACCUCACUCCUUCAAACCUUCAUCAUUCGCAGUACCCACUCAAUGUGCUUAUUGCAAGGUAGAUUCAAUGAAUUUGAUGACUAACGUCAGAAAAACUCAUGCGAACCCGAAGACCAACAUUCCCGCGGAUUGUUCCGGUAGUUCGCCAACCGACGUCGCACGUCGGAAGAGUCUUAUCACCCGGAACACCUCAACACGUAAAUCAGCCUCAAGUGCAAGUCAAGUGGGAACAACACCAAACGCCCCCGCACACUCGUUCCGGAAUGCACAAGGACGUUAUCUCACCACUCCUGGGGGUAAGGAGACUGUGGAUGAAGCAAGCGACGAAGAAGAGGAAAUUUCAGCUACCGUCCUAUUCGACUUCGGAGCAAGCUCGUCAAUCGAACUUAGCGUGAAAGAUGAUGGUUCGGGCUGGGUCAAAGUGAGAAGCGGAAAUACUUCAGGGCUUGUCCCAGCUGCGUACAUGAAAGUCGAGAAGUCGUCGCCAGCGCGGGAUGUUGAACAGGCAUCGCCCAUUCGGAGAAAGAUCCCCCCUCCACCAGCCCGCUCGAAGAAGAAAUUAGUGAGAGGCCUCUACGACUAUGAAGCAGCCGGUGAUGAUGAAAUAAGCGUGACCGUUGGAGAAACCAUCGAGCUCACUCCUGAAGGAGAGAACUACGGAGAUGGUUGGUAUCAAGGCCGAGAUGCGAACGGGAAAAUAGGCCUCUUCCCAAGUAACUAUGUCGAACUACUGGACUAACAUGAUCUGAUUCAGGAUGCCACCUUCCUCUGUAUAUAUCAGCCUGCAUUACAGUGUAUGUCGCGUCAAAAUCAUCGGAACAACAGAGCCAUGAACCCAUAUCAAAUUUGACCAAUCGUCUAGUUUCAGGCACCACCUGAGGUGAUUGGGACGCCCAAUCGACCAAAAGGGUUGACAGUUGAUGAGCUGAGAUUGGCCCCAUAUGUGGUAGUACCAGCUAUCGCAGCUUGGUAGGGCGUCGAGUUCUGACUUGCGCCGCCAACUCCAGUACCAAAUCCAUUCGUCAAAGAGGUACCAAAGCCAAAAAUGUGACCUC